UAAAUCACAGAUUUUGUCUAUGUUUUCAAGCUGUUUUGACGGGGGGAAAAAUAUAAAUUUAAACGAUGAAUUUACGUAACCUUUUGACGUGCGUCCCAGAAGUAGUCACUGUCUGCACGUAGCAACCAUCAUUGCCAUGGCGAUUAGUACGGUGAGCGGGGAGCUGGCUCUGGACCCCCUCAUAACCUGCAAACUCUGCCUGUGUGAAUACUCCAUGAAGGACCUGCAUCAGAUGCAGGGGUGUAGCUGUGUGUACUGCCUUUCGUGUCUUCGUCAGUACUUGUCAAUUCUGAUCCAAGAAGGUGCCGUGAGUAGCGUCACCUGCCCGGACGCGGCGUGUCGAGAAAAAGGCAAAAUCCAUGGCAACGAGGUCAAACUCCUUGUUGGGAAUGACGUAUUUGAAAGAUACAAGCAUGUCAAAUUUGAACUAGAGGUAGACCUAGAUCCUAAUCGAACCUGGUGCCCUGAAGUCGGCUGUGAGACUAUCUGUCAUGUCUGCACCGGGGACCCGUCUAAAGCUAAACCAGUACACUGCCCGACUUGUGGCACAAAUUUCUGUUCGAUAUGUAAGUCGAAUUGGCACGCCAAUCUGUCGUGUGGGGAGUACAUGGGCACGCUGACACACAAGGCCGGCUCCAGCUCAUCUCAGGUCUUGGAGGCUUUAGGCAUACCAUUUGACAACGAAGAGGUUGCGAAGAUCAAGCGAUGUCCCAUGUGCCAUAUACCCAUCGAACGGGACGAGGGGUGCGCGCAAAUGAUGUGCAAACGAUGCAAGCACGUCUUCUGCUGGUACUGCCUUGCAAACCUUGACGAUGAUUUUUUACUGCGACACUACGACAAAGGACCGUGCAAAAACAAGCUAGGUCACUCCAGAGCGUCAGUUAUAUGGCACAGAACACAGGUGGUUGGUAUCUUUGCCGGCUUUGGUCUCCUCCUCCUGUUAGCCUCCCCGUUUCUCUUGCUCGUCGCCCCCUGCAUCCUCUGCUGUAAAUGCAAAUGGUGUCGAUGCUGCGACGAAGAUGAUGACCUACCCCCGGCGUAACGGAGGUCUGGAAAAAUUUGUCCCCCCCCCAACCAAAAAAAACCCCUGAAGUGAUCAAAAGCCAAUGGACCAUUCUAGAUUUGACUGUAGGCCCGCCCCAAUGGUUUGUGUACAUUUCUCACCCCCUUGUGACCGAGUUUGACCAAUUGCAUCACGAUGUUAGGUCACCUGAUCAAAAGUUGUGACCUAAUUGGUCAGUGAGCUCUGUUUGAUUGACAGGACGCCAUUUUGUUCUCAUACCACACAGCAUACAAAUAGUGACUGCUUCGAGUGGUGUAGUAAAACUAGCCUCCCGAGGUGAUCCAUGGAGCAUUUGAUUUUUCCCGAGGCGAAAGCCGAGGGAAAAAUAGAAUGGUACUGCAUGUGUAUUCGAAGCGAAGUAAAACCGUUCGGAAAAUUGGUCAAUAAAUGCUCCCUCACAACGUUCAACUCUUUCGCUGCGGACUAUAAUCAUACAAAUAAAAAACACACCUGUGGAUUUUUUUGGUCCAAUGUCCUAACGAAACAACACAAAAAUGCUCAGAGAGUAUACAAGUCCGUAGUGAGUGGCGGCCAUGUUUGCAUCGGCGUGAUCCUGUUGCUGUGCCAACGACCGAUUUUGGCAGAUCUUCGGUAAUCACUUCGAUAGUGACGUUUCACCGGACUUGUGUCAGAAUUUACUUGUGAUGGACUUUUCGAUGACUUGAUUACAAAACCUCUGAAUACAUGUUCACUCACUGCCAUAAUAUCCCCAGAAUAGCCUUUUCUAUUUCCUAAAAUAAAUCGUACACAAAGUGUAUGAUUACUAUUCUUGAGCAACUUCAUGGGUAAUUUUGACAAAAAAAUAACUCUUUUAUUUAUAUAUAUCUAUAUAUGUAUAUAUGCUUUUGUUUUUAUUUAUAUGUUUAUUGGAUGAGGGGAAAGCAGUAGUUUUGUCAUGGCCAUUAUAAGUUUUAAUGCGCAUGAAUUAAUUGAAUGAAAAAUGAGUUAAAGCUAUAGUCCAUCAUUUGCAGCCAUCCGAAGAAGUAACUGGCGUAUUAUUGUUGAAAAACAUACUUGGUUGAAAGAUAGUAA